AGCGCGCGCGCAGGCGCGCGGCAACCCCAUUUCCCCGCCCCUCACGUGGCCCCUCCCUCUCAUCCUAGGACAGCGCGAGCCUCCCAGGUUGUACACGUGCGCGCAGCCGAGCCGGCCUUACAAGUCACGUGACCCACGACUCGGCGUUUCCUCCACUACAGCCUUCCUAGCUCCUACUGCCAGAUUCCGGCGUUAUGGCUGCCCGCAUUCCCCGCGCCGCUUCUCUCUCCCCACUGUUUCCCCUUCUGUUCCUCCUGCUCCUCUCCGCUCCGCAUGGCGGCAGCGGCCUGCACACCAAGGGCGCCCUUCCCCUGGAUACAGUCACUUUCUACAAGGUCAUUCCCAAAAGCAAGUUCGUCUUGGUGAAGUUCGACACCCAGUACCCCUACGGUGAGAAACAGGAUGAGUUCAAGCGUCUGGCUGAAAACUCGGCCUCCAGCGAUGAUCUUUUGGUGGCAGAGGUGGGGAUCUCAGAUUAUGGUGAUAAGCUGAAUAUGGAGCUGAGUGAGAAAUACAAGCUGGACAAAGAGAACUACCCGGUCUUCUACCUCUUUCGGGAUGGGGACUUUGAGAACCCAGUCCUGUAUAGUGGGGCUGUGAAGGUUGGAGCCAUCCAGCGCUGGCUGAAGGGGCAAGGAGUCUACCUAGGUAUGCCUGGUUGCCUGCCUACUUAUGAUGCCCUUGCUGGGGAGUUCAUCAGGGCCUCAGGCGUGGAGGCCCGCCGGGCCCUCUUGAAGCAGGGGCAGGACAACCUUGCAAAUGUGAAGGAGACUGAGAAGAAGUGGGCUGAGCAGUACCUGAAGAUCAUGGGGAAGGUCUUAGACCAAGGUGAGGACUUCCCAGCGUCAGAAAUGACCCGGAUCACCAAGCUGAUUGAGAAGAACAAGAUGAGUGAUGGGAAGAAGGAAGAGCUCCAGAAGAGCUUAAACAUCUUGACUGCUUUCCAGAAGAAGGGGGCCGAAAAGGAGGAGCUGUAAAAAGGCACUCCGGGUUUUUCAGGGGUUGGUGGGGGUGGGGAGGGGAGAGUUACCUGCCGGCUGAGAGACCUGGGAUAUAAGAGUGGUGGUUAAAGUGGUACUAAGCCAGAGAUCUGAGCAUGCCCAGACACUGAAGCUGAUAUGACCGUGCUUGGGACAUACCUAUAGCCAGUCUUUGUAUAACCAGAGCACUUACCAGAUGGCUUGUGAAAUUCCCCCUCAGAAGGAGUUGGUGCUAUAAAGAGAAGUGUACUGCCCAGGUCCUUGACAGGUGUUAUUCUGACCCAAUUAAAGUUUCUGUGUUUUGGUUAAAAGGACCUGAAGCCAUUCAGUUUUCUUUCACGAAUUAUACUUUGGCCUGUGA